AGAAGAAGAAGAAAGGUUAUGAAAACACGAGCCGCUCAAAAUGUUAAGAAAAUCGCUUGGAAACCUGCCUCGCUUUGGUCAACUCUGCGGCCUGCCUCGUCGCUUGCAGAGCACACAGCCGGAGCAAGCAGAGCCGGAGGACAUUGCCGUGAUAGAGCAACGGAUUCUGAAGCAUCCGGAUUACUUCCAAGUCCAUAACCUGUUCACCGUACGCGAUCUCUUCAACGCCCGUGUUCACUACGGUCACAAGGAUGGCUCCCUAGAUGACCGCAUGCGUCCUUAUUUGUUUGGCAGCCGGCUGGGACACUUGAUCUUCGACUUGGACAAGACGGCAUCACACCUGCGGGAUGCCUUGAACUUUGCCGCACACAUCGCCUUCCGGGACGGCAUUAUUCUCUUCUUCAAUCGCAACGCUUUGAACGCCCAUCUCGUAGAGCAGAAGGCCCAGGAAGCGGGCGAGUUCUCACACACACGCUUCUGGCGCGGCGGCAUCUUUACCAAUGCUAAUGUGCAGUUCGAUGCCGUCACCCGGUUGCCCGAUCUCUGCAUCUUCUUAAACACGCAGAACAAUGUGAUGGCCCAGCACACCGCAGUGCGGGAUGCGGCCAAAAUGGCCAUUCCUACAAUCGGAAUUGUGGACAGCAAUUGUAACCCGAACUUGAUCACGUAUCCAGUGCCCGGUAACGAUGACUCUCCGGCAGCUGUGGAGCUUUACUGCGACCUCUUCAAGGAGGCUAUUCUGAGGGGAAAGCGAGAGCGUCGUCAGCUCCUGGGACUACCGCCCCUCGACGAAACGCAGCCCAGACGCAGCCGUAAACCCAAAAAAUAGCCUUAAGUAGUAUGUUGAUUUUGUUACAAUUUAUCUUCUGCUGAAUACAAAUGCCGAUUUCCAUCGGUUCAGAAGGA